CGAAAUCACAUCAAACAAAAGUGCUUGACAACCAAAUAGGGCAGGCGCAUGAAGCCCACGAAUAGAACUCCGGGACUCCAAACUAUUCCACGUGACGAAAAGACUGUCACCGCAACUCGAGUACAGUUUUGUCGAUAUGUGAUGGGUCAUCAUGUUUGUCUGCUACUCCUGCUAUACAUCUCAUGUUUGUGCCGAGAUCGACUUACCUGUGUCGCGUUUACACCAGGAACCUACUUCAGCAAACUUCAGUCCAGUGGCUGCCGGCAACUGUCGAUAAGACGCCAUUGUUUACUUGUUGAUAUGCAAACGAGCCGAGGGGCUUCUUCUGGAAACCAGAACGAAAAGGACCACGGGAAUUGGUUGGAGCGAGCACACCAACUGCGCCGUGAAGCUCAAGAUUUAGAGAGCCAAUUGCGACCAUCAGGAGAAGCUGUUCAGCGGCCGCCCAUUCGCACUAAGUCCGUUCAGUAUACAACAUUGGCCGCCUCCUAUUGGACUUUUACCUAUCGCUUCACUUCCGUUCCAUUGUCUGCGGACGACGAUUCUGGUCCGCCGCCCGACAGUUUUGGCGGAAAAAUGACGCUGCAUUUUCGAUCUGACGGCUUCACGGAGCUUAUAUCUCACGAAGGCUUGUCAGGUAAACCGCUAGAAAUAAUUAAAGUCUGGGGCUGGGACUUGGAAACAUCCAGCGAAGAUGAAGAGGAAUAUUUGCUGUUUUCUGUUGACACAGUUCUUCCGAGUCCUGGCUUGGAACAGCGCUUUUACUUCCAAGCUCGACAGGACCUGAAUAAUGAUGGUACGAUCAAGUUGACAGAAGGAACAGUAACGAUGAAACAAGACGUAGCUUCAGCAUCAUCAAACGGCUUUUGGGGAUUCAUGUCUCCCAAAGGCAUAUUGGCUGAAUUUCGCUACGUUGGCAACUUUGUCGCCAAGCCCAGCCCGAAUUCGAGCUCGUAGAGAAUCCCAAACAUAUCUAUCUAUAAGGUACACUUAGGUCCUUUCGA